AAGAUUUCCGAUUGUUUAAGCUUCUUAAAUGUGACUAUUUUCUUCAUUUAUUUGCUCUGGAUAACAAAGAAAUCAUUAAAAGUGAAUCAUUUUGGUUUGUGGACAAAACAAGACAUUUGAGAAUAUCAGCAUUUCCAGGUUUGACGAACACAAUCAACAUUUUUUUAAGAUUUUCUGAUAUUUUAUGGACCAAACGAUUAAUCGAGAAAAUAAUCGACAGAUUAAUCGAUUAUGAAAAAAUUCCUGCAGACGUGCAGAAUUUCAUCAAAAUGCUGUUUUUCACUCAUUUAAUAUUCUUUCGAUUCGGAUGUUGCACUUUGUCAGAUUGUGAUAUUGAUUAUUUUGUGAUUAAUUAUUUUCUGAAUUCAUCGCUUCGACUUCGGCAGUGUGAUCUUGUAUGCAUGCAAACAUAAAUAAACAAAUAUAGGACUACACAUGUAUGUAGACGUAUUUCCACCUGCAGACACACAAACACACUAUACAUGGUGUGGUAGUCAAUUGAACACGACUGCGAUCUAUUGCGACAUCCGUCUCUCAGUUUUAGAAACCCAGAAGCAGGAAGCAGAGCGGCCCUGAGCUCUCUCUCUCUUACUAAACCACCCCAAUGUGCAUGUGUCUAUCUGCACAGAGUGCAUGACGCCUCAGUCUCUAUCUGGCCACGAGCAGAACAGGAAGCAGUGGGGUGGGGUUCAGUCUAUGCUGUUUCUCUCUUCCUCUCCUCCGCCUCGUUCACUCGCUCCGGAUUUAGACAGGCUUUUGAUUCCUGGCGGGAAGGACAUCCUGGAUUUCGAGGAGGCAGGAAUAGCACUCAUUGGUGCCUGAUUGGCACAGAGUUGUGUGUGUGAGUGUGUGAUUGUGUGGCAGGGGACGGAGGGGAAGGAGGGGCCCCGCGUGAGUGAAGCCAGCAGGAGGCCGAACAUGGCCAGUGAGGACGUACUGGAGGACCUGCCAGAGGAUCUAGCAGUUGAUUCCCCGCUGGCUGCCGAGCAGAAUGACACAGAGUCUUCGAGCGACCCAGGCGGGCUGUCCGUGCUCCAGCAGCUCGGCCUGGACCAGAACUCGGACUUCUCGGACUCGAGCGUGCAGCAGCGGCUGGACGAGCAUCGCGAGAGGAUCCGCAGAGAGAUCCGCAAGGAGCUGAAGAUCAAGGAGGGCGCCGAGAAUCUGCGCAGGGCCACGACCGACAAGAGGAACGCCCAGCAGGUGGACUCGCAGCUCCGCAGCUCCAAACGCAAGCUGGAGUCCCUUCACACUCAGCUGCAGGAGCUGGACGCUCACAUUGUGGUCAAAGGCCCAGAUGACAGCAAAGAUGCCCCUAACUCUCCGGGGUCAGUGGGUCGGACGUCGGCCACUCAGCAACGCAUUGCAGCUCUGGAGCGGCAGCUGAACAUUGAGCUGAAGGUCAAACAGGGAGCAGAAAACAUGAUCCCAAUCUAUAUGAACGGAGGUACCAAGGACAAGAAGCUUCUCCAGACAGCUCAGCAGAUGCUGCAGGACAGCAAGACAAAGAUCGACAUCAUCCGCAUGCAGAUCCGAAAGGCCAUGCAGGCCACAGAGCAGCAGUCCGAGGACGGCCAAAGUAAACCGGACAUGUGUGGCGUGGAGCUCCGUGUGGAGGAGCUGUGGCACCACUACCGCGUGGAGCACGCCAUGGCCGAGGGAGCCAAGAACAUGCUGCGACUGCUGGGCGCAGGGAAGGUCCAAGACAAGAAGGCCAUGGCUGAGGCUCAGUGUGGUCUGAGCGAGUCGUCCCAGCGUCUGGACCUGCUCAGGUGCUCUCUGGAGCAGAGGCUGCAGGAGCUUCCCGAGGAUCACCCCAAGGCCUGCCUCAUCAAGGAGGAGCUGGUGCUGGCAUCGUCCUCGGCGUUCAGCUCGCGCCACAGCACCCCGUAUGUCCAUAACCAGUACAGCACCCUGAGCAAACCCUCUCCUCUCACAGGCUCUCUUCAGGUGCGUCUCCUGGGCUGUAUGGGGCUGCUGGAGGUCAUCCCAGGGCGCAGCAGAGGGACGCCAGUGGUUCUUCCCUCUCACUCGGUGGGAGAUGGACGCUCCUCCUUCAAAUUGAGUGGCCUCUACAGCCGCAGCACCAGCAGCAUGAGCCUCAAGAUCCCCGGCAAGACAGACGAGCUCUCCUCGGAGGUGAGCGCAGUAUUGAAGCUGGAGAACACAGUAGUGGGUCAGACCGCUUGGAGGACCGUUGGAGAACAGGCCUGGGAUCAAACCUUCACUGUCGAACUGGAGAGGUCCAGAGAGAUGGAGAUCGCCGUGUACUGGAGAGAUUACCGCUCCCUGUGUGCUCUCAAGUACCUGAAGCUGGAGGAGUUUUUGGACAACCAGAGACACAGAGUCCAGUUAGAGCUGGAGCCUCAGGGGCUGCUGCUGGCUGAGGUGAUUUUCUUCAACCCGGUGAUAGAGAGAGGCCGUCGACUCCAGAGGCAGAAGAAAGUUUUCUCAAAACAACACGGUAAAGCUUUCCUCCGAGCUCGCCAGAUGAACGUGGACAUCGCUACCUGGGUCCGUCUGUUGAGGAACGCCAUCCCCAGUGGAAGCAACACACCUGCCUACACGCCGAGUUUCACGAGCAACACGCUCACUCACAGCACGGGGGAAAUCUCUGUGGAGAAGCUGAAUCUGGGCAGCGACUCGCCUCCCAAACCUGAGCUCAGGAGAGACGUGGUGGACGCACCUGCUCCUCUGGAGCAGACGCCGGUCAUCGAGCCCCCACCCACACCGGGUGUCCCUGUUCAAGAGCAGCCGACCAGAUCCUUGUCCCAGAACUCUUUACCCAGACCCAGCAGAGGCCCACUUUGUCUGCAGGACUUCAGGCUGAUGGCGGUGCUGGGCAGAGGCCACUUUGGAAAGGUGUUGCUGUCAGAGUACAAGAGGACAGGCAGCCUUUACGCCAUCAAAGCACUGAAGAAGGGAGACAUUGUAGCGCGGGAUGAAGUGGAAAGUCUGAUGUGUGAGAAGCGGAUCUUUGAGACUGUCAACGGCUCCCACCAUCCCUUCCUGGUCAACCUGUUUGCAUGUUUCCAGACACCAGAACAUGUUUGUUUUGUCAUGGAGUACACGGCAGGAGGAGACCUCAUGAUGCACAUACAUGCUGACGUCUUUUCUGAGCCACGCGCUGUGUUUUAUUCAGCGUGUGUGGUGUUGGGUCUGCAGUUCCUCCACGACCAUAACAUAGUUUACCGGGAUCUUAAACUGGACAACCUGCUGCUCGAUAAAGACGGUUUUGUGAAGAUAGCAGACUUUGGUCUUUGUAAAGAAGGCAUGGGUUUCGGGGACAGGACCAGCACCUUCUGUGGAACUCCCGAGUUUCUGGCCCCAGAAGUGCUGACCGACACGUCCUACACCAGAGCUGUAGACUGGUGGGGGCUCGGGGUCCUCGUCUAUGAGAUGCUGGUUGGAGAGUCCCCAUUCCCUGGUGAUGAUGAGGAGGAGGUGUUUGACAGCAUAGUGAAUGAUGAAGUGCGAUACCCUCGCUUUCUCUCCACCGAAGCCAUUGGCAUCAUGAGACGGUUGUUGAGAAGGAAUCCUGAACGACGUCUGGGCUCUGGAGAAAAAGAUGCUGAAGACGUGAAAAAGCAGCCUUUUUUCAGGGGGAUGGACUGGGAGGCGCUGCUUCAGAGGAAAGCCACGCCACCGUUUGUGCCGUCCAUCGGAGGCAAAGAGGACGUCAGCAAUUUUGACACCGAGUUCACAGCCGAGCCUCCUGCCCUCACACCGCCCCGCGAACGCCGCACACUCUCCCGCAAGGAACAGGACUUCUUCAAAGACUUCGAUUACAUCUCCGACCUCUGUUAAGGUCAGGGGUCAAAAGGGUUUUCAGCUGCCCACUGCCAGCCACAGACUCUGAAAAGGGCGACUGAGACGGAAAGUAAAGGCCAAGUCUGUCCUGCGAAGACAGAGACGAACUUGAAGGAGACGAGAGGCGAAGAAUCGCUCUCGCCGUGACCUUUUUCUCUCUCU